CUCCUCACCAAAACACAAACUUCACAUUUUCGACGCCCUUCAACUCCGGACUAUCAAAAUUCAGAAUAAAAUUUAAAGCGUUCUACAACCAGUAAACACCACACAGGCGGUCAUUUGGUCGCGUUUCGGCCCUAAAUUAAAGAAAUACGUUGAUAUCUAACAGGUGGAACGAUGGCCGGAAAGCUGAAAGUAUGCAUCAUUGGCGCCGAGGGCUGGGGCUCGGCCAUUGCGGCCGCCGUGAGCAGUAAUGUUUUGCAGGGAGACUUUGAUCGCCGGGUGCAUAUGUAUGUCAACGAUGAGAUGAUUCGCAACAGCAUGCUAUCGGAGGUCAUCAACAGUCGCCACGAGAAUGUCAAGUAUCUGCCUGGGAUAAAGCUGCCCAAGAACUUGAUCGCUGUGAAUGAUCUUUUGGAAGCUGCCCAGAACGCAGAUAUCUUGAUAUUUUCCACGCCCCUGGAGUUUGUCAAUUCCUACUGCAACAUCCUGGCCGGAAAUGUGAAGGAGUCUGCCUUUGCCGUGUCCAUGACCAAAGGUUUGACGCGGGUGCGAGGAGGAGAGGAAGUGGGGCUCGUGUCGCAGGCCAUCGGUGAGCGACUCGAAAUCCCGUGCUACUCGAUGAUGUCCGCCCACAGUGCCAUGGAGAUGGCCCAGGGAAAACUGUGCGAGGUGACCAUCGGUUGCAGUGACGAUGCGCAUGCCAAGCUGCUGACCGCCGCUCUGCAAACCAAGAAUUGCCGUGUGAUUUCCGUCAAUGACGUUGAUGGCGUGGAGCUGUGCGGAACGCUCACGGACGUUAUAGCACUGGGAGCUGGUUUUGUAGAUGGUCUGCGGCUGGGCGAGAAUGCGCGAGUGGCCGCCAUUCAUCUGGGCAUCAAGGAAAUGAUGCGAUUCAUUAAGACGUUCUUCCCCUCCGCCAAAAUGUCCACGUUCUACGAGAGCUGCGGCGUGGCCAACUCGGUCGCUUCAAGUUAUGUUGAUAAAAAUGCCACUUUUGCCAAGAGCUUAGUCACUUCAGGCAAAACGAUAGAGGAAAUAGAAGCAAAUCUUCUUCAUGGCCGCAAAAUACUGGGUCCCAUGGUGGCUGCUGAUGUGAAUGCAUUGCUGGAGAGGGAGCUUAUGCAGCACGAUUUUCCUCUUUUUACGGCCAUUCAUCUGAUAUGCCAAAGCGAAGCCUCGCCUGAACUUAUGCUGGAGGCACUGCAAAACCAUCCAGACUUGAGCAAUUCAUCCAUUUCGCAUCUACUGAGCCAUGAGUCCGCGAAGGGCGGGCAGAAUAUGGAUCAAGUGCUGGAUCAAGUGGCCAACACCCUGCCAAAACUGAGGACUGCCCUAGACAAGGUUCUGGCCGAGUCGGGCAAUAAGAGUUUCAAGCAGCUGAAGGUAAUGGAUGACUGGACGGAAGUCAAUGACUACGAGGUGGAGGAGCCGAGUCGGCAAGAAGUGACCUCACAGGAUUCCUCCCUUGAGAACGAGGAAAUGCCCAGACGAUUAAGUGUGCAAGCCGCCCAGCUACAGGAUGACAUUCGCGAUGGCAAUGUGCAGCUGGCCUUUAAGAUGGACAUCAAUGAAGGUGAUCGGCAUUUGCGGCUUUUGCUGGCAGAGGAGCGAGAAAGAUCCGGCAACAAUGACGACAUGGUGAUAGCUUCCAGACUAGUUGCAGGCGAAGAGGACGACAGUGACAGGAUGGGUCAUGGAAACAUUUUGGACUCUUCCGCAGGAUCUGAUCAGAAGACCGACAAAGCCUUUCCCUCUGUCAUAACCUCCAACGAUACGCAUGACGUCCUGGACUUGACCUCGGAAUCUGAGCCACUCCCUGCGGAGCCGAAUUCUUCCAAGCUUUCAAAGAUAAAUAAAUUCAAAGAUUCAAUCAGCAUACAGGAAGCGGUCAAUUCGAAAGCUCAGGAGAAUCUCAUAAAAUCCAUUAGGCAAACUAUUCAAGCACUUGGUGAUAAAGAGAAAAUGGAACAUCUAAUUGCUGAAAAUCAAGCACAGGAGGAGAGUUCACAAUUGGAAAACCAAAUGGAAGAGGAAACUUCCCAACUGGAGGAUGAAUCAUCCGAAAUGAAAAGUCAAAUGGAAGAGGAAACUUCUCAACUGAAAAGCCAAAUGGAUGAGGAAACUUUUGAACUAAACAAAGUUGAUGAAUCCCACUUUGUUGCGUUCAAUGCUGAAGACGAGGAAGCUCUGGACGAAACCACUGACAAGCAGCAGUACAAAGUGAAAUCAGAAACUGAAAACCUUAAAGCGCUUAUGUUCAAGGAUUCAGAGGAGCCUUUGGAGGCCGAGAAGCUUUCUGAAGUGAGACUACAGAAUGAAAACGAUUUUGAUCUGGAUGAAGAUGAACCAGUUAUAGGAAAAAAGGACCGUACCUACACCAAAGAGCACAUGGAACUCCAGGAGCUGCUCGAGUGGCAAAAACUAAAACCCCGGGGGGAUGAACAUCCAUACGGUUCAGCCGAACUGGAAGAUUCUGCAGUUUGGGAGGAAAACGCGAGGCUUCCAGUGGAGCAUGAAGAUUGGUUGCAGGAUGUGGCUAACCAUCAGGAGGCAGAACUCGUUCAAGUGCGGGCUGAGAACAAGGACUUUAGCUUACCCGAGAACGAGAAGAUGCCGAAAAAGGUUCGCCAGUUCAGCGAAACCAACGAUGGUGAAACUACUGGUAACCACGAGUGGGAUUGGCUAAUGAAUAAUGAGAAGAUCGGUAUGGAUGCCGAGGAGCGCAUGGAAGAAAGGGAUGAAACACUCAGCAAAUCUGACCAGGAGAAACUAGACAAUCUUGACCAUCAACUAAAGGAAGCUUUGCAGCAUGACUUGGCCGUCAUGUCGACUAGCCAAGGAGAUGAGUCUAAGAAAGGCUUGCCUGAUGCAGAACUAGAUCCCGAAGCUGCUAAGAGAAUUACUGAGCAGCCAGGGAACCCCACUCCCACUCCCAACCAAAUUCCCGCUGUGCCCCUGCCGGUGGCAGUGCCAGAGCAGCCCAGCAAGCAGACCCACAUCCGUGAGGGCACACCCCAGUUCCAGAACCAACCAGGUACUGUUCCACAACAUGCGCCUCAGACCAAACCGCCCGCGCCCAAGGAACACCAGUCCCCCCACACAAAUGCUCCAGUUAAAUUUGAGCACUUGGAUGGAGACAGGCAGCCGGAGACAUCACCUGCGGAUCAGCAGCCGCCUGUGGCUGAGAAGGUAUCCAAGACUGAGCCGGUGGCUAAGGAGGCCUCCACGAAGCCACCGCAACCUAAGGAGAAAACUCCACCAGCUCAGCAGAAAAGGCCCGUGAACAAAAUCAAACAGCAGGGUGAUGCCGAUCCCGCAGACCACCGCCUCAAUACCCAAAAAACCGAAAAGCAUCGUUCAAGUAUUGAAAAACAGAAGAAGCGGCUGGAAAGCGUGGACAAGAAGAUCAGCAUAAUGCGCAAGGCCGAUCGUCGGGUUAGCUACAGAGGCCAGAAUCCCUACAAGGGGGAGCCGGAUCGGGACUCCAGGCCGCCGAUGGACACUAGCAUACAAGAGGGCAAAGCGGGACAGUCCGAGGGUCUGGGCCAUCAACGUCGCAAGGUGGUGGUGACGCCACCCUUCAAUCCUCCCAUCAAUCCACGAAUGCGCGUGCCACGACCACCGUUCGAUGGGCGAGAUCAGGAGUUCCAUACAAUGACGGCCUCUUCGGCUACAAAAUGGCCAUCCAUGCCCAAGAAUCUGAGGCAGAAUCGCACCUCCCUGGUCGGCACCAUCCAGAUGAAGCAUCUCUCCGAUUUGCGCAGUCAAAUGCCAACCACCGUGCCACCACCCUUGUGGAAGAUACCCUUGGGAGUGCCGCGCACGCCCACAUUUUCCAAAAUUCUUUGUGCCCUGCAGUUGGGACUGCUCGCCUCCUACUUGGCUUGCUGCAAGAAAAACUAAACUUUGGACUCAUCUCUGGACUGCCAGGUAAAAAUCCAAUGAUGCAACGUAACCAUCGAUUCCCCUGAUGUAAGCUGCAGUACGAGCUCUGUAUAGAAUACUUUACAUUUUAUUGAGAAUAAAGGGGUGUUUCUACGUUUAA